AUGGGAGUUGCAGAGAAAAAAGUGGUGAAGCGAUCCUCUAAUAAUCAUUCUCAAAUUCAAUCACAGGGAAGUUCGAGGAAAGGAUGCAUGAGAGGCAAAGGAGGCCCAGAGAACGUUACGUGCACUUACAGAGGCGUUAGGCAAAGGACUUGGGGGAAGUGGGUGGCCGAAAUCCGGGAACCCAAUCGAGGCGCUCGACUCUGGCUUGGCACUUUCGACACGUCGCGUGACGCGGCGCUAGCCUACGACGUUGCCGCUCGCAAGCUUUACGGCUCUUCCGCUAAACUCAACUUGCCAGAGUUAUGGGUCGACCGGAACGAAUCAGAACCUGGACCCCUCGAUUCAAAUUCAGAUUCCAGUUCAAUAGCCCCUUCCAGCUCGACGUCCACCACGACGACGGCCACUAACUCCCAGACCCAAUCGACCCAAUUGACUCAGUCGAGGUCGGAGAGAGUUGAAGGUGAGAAGCUGAGUAGUGAUAGUAGUGAAGCAUACUCGAGCUGGACUGGGUCAUCAGGUAGCAAUGGAUGGGAGAUUGGGAAGACAGGAGAGGAUGGAUCAGGGGAAGGUGUAAGUGUUUGGGGAGAGAUGAAUUUGAGCUUGCCAGAGACAGAUGUGGGUGACUUGAUCCUUUCUCCAUGGGACUUAGAUGAGAUGCCAAGGUUGAUGGAUUACCCCAUAUCAGGGGCAGGGACCCAUGACCCUGAGGCUUCGACCUGUGAGUUAGCUUUGGGAGAUGAUGGGAUCGGUUGGGACGCCUUACAGCUGCAGUGGUGUUUGUGA